AUGCCUCAUCUCGCACGUACCUUUACCCCGCUGCGGACGGUUACUGUUGGGAGAGUCUUCCCUUUGCGUUCCGCUGCAGCUCUGCAUACUUCAUCGGCCCGCGCAGCUCUGAGCGAAGAUCACCUCCUGGAGCAUGAAGAUAACGAAGACCGCCAUCACGAGAUCGAUCGCCACAAGUCUGACAGUGUCGAAAAGGCAAAGACCGGGAAAGGAGAAUGGAAACCUGAGCUGGCAUCUUCAAGCGAGCAAAGCGUUCACGGCGACAAGCACAACUUGACCAUUGAGCAGAUGCAAAAACUGGGCAGCGAGAAAUCCAAAAGCUCUGGAGGAAGUGAUAGCUCGACCGGUACCCACAAGUCAUGA